GUCCAAUAUAGUCCAAUAUAGUCCAAUAUAGUCUCAACAUGCGCCGCCCGUCCGUUCUACUACUAAGUUGCGCAGCAGCGGCCCUAGCUGCCGCGGACUUGAGCGAUGCUACCACCCUCGGCCAACUCGCGUUGCAGAAGGUCCUGCAGGACAGCCGAGAGGUUUUUGGCGUGGAAAGCAAUGAUUCGUCCCGGCCGUACGCGAAUUGGAUGUCCAGCGUCCCCGACGCCACGCCCCUCGCGCAUCUAAACAUCCCCGGCACCCACGACGCCGCAACUUGGAACUAUAGCCAGGCGACGCAGGACGCGCUCGCGUACGCCACGCGGUGCGACGGCGGAGCGGGGCCCGCUCCGGCUCAGGUGUACCGGACGCAGCGGCUCGGAGCGGCAGCCGCGUUGGAUGCCGGGGUGCGGUUUUUCGACCUGAGGUUUGCGUUCGAUCCGAUGGACCGGGAUCUUGUGUUUUGGCACGGGGAGGCGCUGCUCUCGGCGCGGGCGGCGGUGGACGAUGUGCUGUUUGCGUUUUACGCGUGGCUGGAGGCGCAUCCGAGCGAGGCGGUGCUGUUGAGUUUUCAGUACGAGGGGGGAACUAAGGACGGGGCGGAAUUCGACGAUGCGGCGAAGGAUAGGCUGAGGGGCGCGCUGGGGUCGGAUGCCGCGGAGAGGUAUGUUAGGCGGGAUAGCGGGAGGCUGGGGACGGUGGGGGAGAGCCGCGGGAAGAUCGUGCUGGUGAGACGGUUUGAUAUGGGUGGUGGGGAGGACGAGGUGUUGCCGGGGCUGCAUUUGGGUCCGGGCCAGUGGCCGGAUAACGAUCGUAAGGGGUUCGAGCUGGUGUAUAAUAGCACGAGCAAUGAGACGGCGUAUGUGGAGGAUUACUACGAGCCUUCGGACUUGGGGGCUAAUUCGACGGUUGCGGAGAAUAUCCAGGCGAAGAUGGGCGCGGUGAAGGCGCAUCUGGAGAAAGCUGCUGGUGGUGCUGUUGGUACUAACGGGGAUGGUGCGGAUAGCUUGUUUAUCACGUUUGCGUCGGGCGAGAACGAUGCUAAUGUCCCGCAUGUAUUCCCGCAGACGAUGGCGCUUGGGAACGGGACGGAGGUGACGCCGGAUGGAGGCGUGAAUCACCAGUUGGUUAAGCUGCUGCGGGAGAUGCGAGGAAGUAGGCUGGGCGUUGUGGUUUUGGAUUUCUUUGACGAGCCGGCCGAGUUGGUUGGGCUUGUGCUGGGUUUUUAGAUGGUCAUAAUCAGCUAGGGACCUAGUGGUAUUUCUAGUUGAACGUUGCUUGGUUUGAGGUUUAUAUUAGGGGUUGGCUCUCUGUUUAGUAGUUGAGGGAGCUGGCAACAAUGGGGUGUUCUACUACGGGCUUCUAAUUACAUAGAAUAAGUAGCAUGGUGAAUAAUGUUAAUAGGCCACGCCACGUCAAGUCGGGCAGUAAAUUGUGGCAUCUCUUAUAGCUCUUACUACUCUCAUAGAGGUCAUUGUAAGUGAAGUUCUAUGUGUAGCUAAAGGUUGGAUGCUAAUAUUGAGCUUCAUGGGUCACUAUCUCUACCUAAUACAGAACAUCAUUAUGGACCAUACUACAAGACGCAGGUAGGUUUAGAUAGAAACCUGAAGCAUCAAGGGAUACGUGAG